CCCCGCGGGCUGUCGUCACGCGCCGGGUAGCCAGUGAGGCGGAGGGAGGGGGUGUUUCACACGGCGGAGAGGCAGGCAGCGGCGUCGCAGCGCUACAACAAGAGCGGCUUUUGGGCUUUGUUUCGUGGAUGUGAAUGAGCUCCAUCACCUCCUCCAGAAAUGUGGACGGAUUUAAGGAUAUUGCUACUUUUUAAUUUGUUCGUCCUCAGGCUUCAUUUCACAAAAGCCACGGAUGAGUGUGAGGAUGGACAGUUUCAGUGCAACAACAAAAGGUGUAUACCGACCAUCUGGAGGUGUGACGACGAUGACGACUGCUCAGACAACAGUGAUGAAGAAAACUGUCCCAGGAAAACAUGUGCCCCAGCAGAGUUUGCUUGUUUGAAUGGGCAGUGUGUCCCAGGACGCUGGCGCUGUGACGGGGAACCAGAGUGUCCGGAUGGGUCCGAUGAGGCAGAGGAGACUUGCAGCAAACAGACGUGCCCUCCAGAGAAAUUUGACUGUGGGGGAUCAACUAACAAGUGUGUCUCGUUGUCAUGGAGAUGUGAUGGGGAGAAAGACUGCGAGAAUGGCGCUGACGAGGAGGACUGUGCGUCUGAUGCCAAGGCCUGUCCCAGCGGUGAGUUCAUGUGUGCCAACCGCAAAUGUUUAGCCACCGUCUACGUGUGCGAUGGCGAUGAUGACUGCGGCGAUGGCAGCGAUGAGCUGAAGUGCACCUCUCCUCUGACUUGUGGGCCCAACCACCUCCGCUGUAACACCUCAGAGUGCGUGCCGCUCAUGUGGAGCUGUGAUGGCGACCCUGACUGCUCCGACAGUUCAGACGAGGGGCCCGAGCGCUGCGGAGGUGAUGGAGCCCCAUACCUGCCCAACCGCCGAGCCAACUGCACCAGUGGGGAGUUUCGCUGUGCCAAUGGCGAGUGUGUGCGACUGACCUGGAAGUGCGAUGGAGAUCCUGACUGCAAAGACAAAUCUGAUGAGUCAGACUGCCCUCUGUUGACGUGUCGUCCUGAUGAAUUCCAGUGCGGUGAUGGUUCCUGCAUCCACGGCACCAAGCAGUGUAACAAGGUCCAUGACUGUCCUGACCACAGCGAUGAAUCUGGAUGCGUUAACGCCACCAAAUGUGAAGGACCCCUCAAGUUUCUAUGCAAGAAUGGGGAAUGUAUUGACAGCUCCAAGGUGUGUGACUCAGUGAAGGACUGCAAGGACCGAUCAGAUGAGCCCAAAAAAGAAUGCGGACUGAAUGAGUGUAUGAUCAAUAAUGGCGGGUGCUCCCAUGUCUGCAUGGACCGACCAAUUGGCUUUGAGUGUCAGUGCCCUACCGGCUACCGGCUGCUAGACAAAAAGACUUGUGGAGAUAUUGAUGAGUGUGAGAACCCGGAUGCCUGUAGCCAGAUCUGCAUAAACUACAAAGGGGAUUUUAAAUGCGAGUGCUACGAAGGAUACGAGAUGGACCCGGUCACUAAGACCUGCAAAGCAGAAGGUAAAAGCCCUUACCUACUGUUCACCAACCGACAUGAGAUCCGACGCAUUGACUUAGUGAAGAGGGACUACAGUCAGGUGGUAUCCACACAGAAGAACGCUGUGGCUCUGGAUCUGGAUGUGGCAAACAACCGUGUUUUCUGGUGUGAUCGAUUUCACCGGAAAAUCUACAGUGCCUUCAUCCACGAGGCCAGUGACCCCUCCCAGCAGGUGCCACUGGUAGAAUCAUCUCUGCAGACCCCUGUAGGACUGGCUGUGGACUGGCUCCAACACAACCUGUACUGGACCGACUCAGGGGACAAAUCCAUCUCCGUGGCCUCAGUGGACGGCACCAAAAGACGUGUCCUCGUCAGCACUGACCUGAGUGAACCCCGAGCCAUAGCACUGGAUCCCCACCAUGGCUUUAUGUACUGGUCAGACUGGGGCACGCGAGCCAAAAUAGAGAAGGCCGGUAUGAAUGGAGUGGACCGACAGGUGCUGGUGGCUGAUAACAUUGAGUGGCCCAACGGCAUCACACUGGAUGUGGCCAACCGCCGUCUGUACUGGGUGGAUUCCAAACUGCACCUCAUAGCCAGCGUGGACCUGAACGGAGCUCACCGCAGGACGCAUAUGUCGUCCGCGGAGAGACUGGGGCACCCGUAUGCCCUGGCUGUUUUUGAGGAUCGUAUUUACUGGACAGACAGAGACAAAGCAGCAGUCUUCAUGGCCAACAGGCUGACUGGAGAAGACAUCCAUGCCCUUGCUGAAAACCUUAAUGACCCCCAUGACAUUGUGGUCUUCCACCAGCUUCGACAGCCACAAGGCCCAGACAGCUGUAAUCUGGGCAGCGUAGCCAAUGGAGGUUGUGAGUACUUGUGUCUUAAGGCUCCACAGAUCACUGAACACUCCCCCAAAUACACCUGCGCCUGCCCCGAUGGACAGGACCUGGGGCCUGACAUGAGAGGCUGUGUGCCAGCAGCGCCAAGAGAUGACAUGACAGCAACAUCUUCACCCCCCACUGAAUUUACUCCGGGCACUGGAGCGACAGAGGGAACAGGAGGAGUGUCACAGGCGGAUGCAAUCCCCCGCUUGACCACAGCUCCAUCUGGCUCCCCCGAGCCUCUCACAACCCUCAGCACACUCAAGCCUUUGUCCUCGCAGGAAUCGAAGGCGUUGGGCUCCCACUCCACUGCCACUACUAUGAUUCUCUCCACCACACCUGCAGGAGACAGCAGCGUCUCACAACACUCUGGAAGCGAGCAUUUCCUCCUGGGUGAGAACCUCACUGUGGCUGUUUUGGGAGUGGUCAUCCCCAUCGUUCCUAUCGUUGCCACAGUGGUGUUCGGCCUGGUCUGCACCGCGGUCUACCUGGUGUGGCGCAACUGGCGGCGCAACUCCACCAAGAGCAUGAACUUCGACAAUCCCGUCUACCGCAAAACCACCGGCGAGGGCGAGGAGGACGAGAUCCACAUCGGGCGGACGGACGCCAUGGGACACCACGCGCACCACCACCCGUACCCUCAGGGCGUCGGCAUGGGAGUCGUGGCAGCGGGAGGGGGCACCUGCCCGCAGUUCAUUGCCCUGCCUCUCGGGGGCAGCAUGCCAGAUCCCGGGACUCACUGGUACACAGAGCAGCCCAUGCUCUCCACUGCAAAGUGACCUGCAAACAGGAGGCAACUCCUGGAAAAGAUGGCCGCUCAAGGCACACGCACACACAGUGAGGUCAGAGGUGACUUGGACUGAGUUUGCUGAGGGAAUGAACAACAUAUCAUCAAGUGUUACAUGCAGUCAUUCCCAGCCAUAUCCUAUGCCAGUUCCCAUUUGAAAACCACCAGUAAGACAAACAGGACUCUUAAAAAAUAGUUUCAUACCUUUUUUCUGUGAGAUGAGUCUCAUUUUUCUUCAGUGAACGCUGAGAUUUAAUCACAGAAUUAUAAAUGUGUGCUAACGUGUUUCUGACUUUGACCUCAGCUGGAAUAAUGGAGUUAGAGUGGUUCCUCUUUUGCAUUGAGUGAGGCUUGUGCUGUGUGUCUUAUAUUUUGUGACAGGGGCUAGUGAGAGACUCUUUGUCAUCCUUGAUGUAUUAAUUUGGGCUUGGUGUUAUUCCCGGUGGGCCCGCAGUGCCCUGGGAACGCUAUUAGCGAAGGAGGAGCUGUGAAACUGGGACAGCCCGUGCGUUGAUGGGACAAUCUGUACAGAUUCAUGUUAGAGCCAAUCACAUUGUUGUUGCUGGACUUGUCUUGUGUAGGUAACAUUUGUGUGGGUUUCUUUGAAGAUUUUUUUCCCAUUUUGCGAUUGAUUUUUAAAGGUUACUAACUACAUUUUGUGCUUUCUCUCUGGUUCAGAGGAAGGCCUUUCAGGGUGAGUUGUCUAACAUUUCAAGGUGUAGUUGAACACAGUUGAUUUGAGAGGUUAUGUAUUUAUCUGACCUUCAACACCCCUGAGGUUUAGUUAAAGAGCAGCAGGUUUGCAGACUGAGGGAAGAAAAAAAUGAGACAAAGAGUAUUCAGCUUGUUUUCUUAGAGCAGGGAGAGUUAGAGGGGAGUGGGUUUUACACAGAAGUUCUGUCUUCAUUAUUGUGGCUUGUUUAGAUGUUAAAUGGUUUGAGAAAAGCAAUAGGCGGCAGCUUUAGGCAGCUGCGGCGUUAUGUGGUUGACAAAAUUCCUCGAGUGUUAAUAAUUUUAUUUGAUCACCUGCUUUUGACUGUGACAAAUGUGCACAGAAAUACACAUGGGGUGCAGUGAUAGCAAAUUCACGCUGUUCUCCAGAGGACGGAGACAGUGUGCACUUGCCGAGCGUAAACACAAACAGCAUGCAUAAUUGCUCACCAACUGACAAUGCAGCCAUUCAUUGUUUCAGGCAAGAUACACACACGCGCACACUUGCACGCGCGCACACAGUCUCCACUUUCUGCAAUGGCCAAUAUCUGAGUGGACAGUUUUGGAUAGCGCCGUGCGGGAGGGCCCGGCCGGUGGCUGCAUGUCUAGAAAGACCUGUCAUGUGAUGUAACCGCAGAAACCGAAAGUCAGGGGGUGAUGUAAUGAGGGUGAUACCAACUUGUCGUGUCAGUAAACAUGCUUCAUACUGGUCCCCCCCUCCCCACAUCUUUAACACAUAUACGCCACUUACAAACCUUAAAAGUCUAGUUGUGUGUAUGUGUGUGUGUGUGUGUUCAUAAAUAUGCAUGUGUGCUAAUGUUCAUCCCACAGCCAUAUCUGAACUGUUUUGUAUGCUCUUUGUUGCACAACCCUCUUAGAAUGCCUUCUGUAUUGUGUACUGCAUGGAAGAAAACAGUGCGUGGAAACAGGUGUGUUAGUGUGUAUGUGAGCGAGUGUGUGACCGUGGAAGAGCUGCGAGGGUGCUUUUUGAUUCAUUGGUUUGUAAAUAUGUUUUCAUAAAGUUUUUGAUAAUGUAUUAUAUAAUUAUGUAAAAGAGAAGCUGUACAUAAGAUUUUAGAUAAAGUGUUGACAGGUAUAUUAAUUUAUUUGUAUAAAGGAGAGCACUGCAUUCCCUGAUUGUAAAAAAAAUCCAAAUGAUCCACCAAAGUGGUUUGUGUUGUUUCUUGCUGUGCAUCAUUUCGCAUCCUCUUUUUUCUGUGCAAAAUUUCUUUUGUUGUUAACCCUCACAAAACGUGGAGACCUUUCCCCCAAAACACCUGCAUCUUUGCAACAUUUCCCAACCUCGGUGUCAAUGAGAUGAUUGAGUUUUGUUUAUUUGUGCCUUUUUUUUGUUUGUUUUUUUAAUUCUUGCGUUUCCAUGAAAUAGACAGGGAUCAGCCAUCUACUGUACAUGCAAUGAUGAACUGUGUUAAGACCAAACUGAUUCCACUUUUUUGAU